GCGUAUUUAUGCCAAAGAUGUGUGUAAUCAGAUCUGUGUUCUAAAAGACCUGGCUGAAGUAGGAGGAAGAGAUUUCAAGGCAAGGCGGAAGAAAUUGGGGUAGCCUAAUUAGGAGGUAAUCAUUUUCAUUCAGGCAAGAGAUGAUGGUGGAGAUGGAGAACUAGAUUUAAUAGGUAUUUAGGAGGUAAAACUAACAGGGCCUGGUAGGAAAUAGAUAGAAGUGGAUGAGUGAGGAUGUAGACCAAAGGUCCCUUCUUGGUUUAACCAAAUGAAUAAUGUGCCACAUACUGAAAAGGGUGGGGUGGGAGAGAAGAAUGUCCACGUGUAGAUAAUGAACUCAGUCUUGAAUAUUUGAGGUAUCAAAUGAAGAUUUCAAGGUCGAAGGAUAUAUAGGUCUAUAUGAUGGGCUCAAGAUUAUCCAUUUACUAGGAAGUAGUAUCAGGAAUUGAACCUAAAAUGUAUCUGAUUUCAAAGCCAGUGCUCUUGAUCAUUAUGCCACCAAGAACCCCACACUCUAAAGACUUUAGAGUCCAACAGAGAUCUCGAAGAUGGCUGAAGGUGGGAGAAAGGAUAGAAUGAUGGAGGCUAGAGAAGAGAGCCUGUCUAGUUCUCAGCGGGGUCCACAGAUGGGUUUCCCAGUGUGGAAUUCAUUAUUCCAAAACAAUGGGUUAGAAUGGUGACAUCACCAGGGGAGGGGGGAGUCUUGUCAUCUCAUAGAGGAUGUUUGGGCCCCACUCUGCAUUCUCCCCUUCUAACACCCCUCCUGGCCUUGACAUCCAGACCGUCCUUGAAGAAAAGGCAGGGAUCACAAGGCAGCAAUGGAGAAACAGCCAUAACAGUCAGUGUCUGACUGUGGAUGCUUGGACAUUAAAGGGUGGCCAGUUGACAGUGAACCAAGAGUCCCUGGAGAUAAUUUUUGUGCUUGUCUUGAGCCCAUUCUAGAGGUGAGAGAGAAGGAGAAGAACAUGCCAGUUCCUCCCUGUUUCUGAGAGUGUUUCUUCUCCCCCUCCACUCCAUUACUACAGAGCUGGCCCCAGACCCAGUACGGACGGGAGAGGCAGCCCUCAGUUUCCCAGAGCACUGAGUCCCAGGCCUCUCCAGGACCAAACUCAGACAGAGAAGACUCCAAGGGCCACCACGAUGCCCAUCCCCGUUUCCUCAUCCUGCCCACAUCUGCCAUCCCUGCUGCUGGCUCUGCUGCUGAAACUCACAGGAACUUCAGGGGAAGAGUUCCAGGUGAAACAGCCUGAAACUUCAGUGUCAGCCAAGGCUGGAGAUGUCAUAACCCUGGCCUGCAACAUUCCUGCCCAGUCCCCAGUAGGGCCUGUCUUGUGGUUCAAGGAGACUGGGCCAGAAAGAAAAUUAAUCUACAGUUUCAAUGGAAGCCAAUUCCCCGAGUAUCCCAAGUGGCAAACUCAGUGGCUAACCAAACAGACUAUUCCAUCCGAAUCAAUGAUGUGUCGCCUAAGGAUGUUGGCACCUAUUACUGUGUGAAGCUGACAAUAGGACAUCCUGACAUGGACUACGUAUCUGGUCCAGGCACCUAUGUAUCCGUGAAUGGAACCACAAACGAGAUGCUCAAGGUGCAACAAGCCGAGCUAUCACAGACGGUAUCACCUGGGGAAACACUCACCUUGAGCUGCAGUGUACCAGAUUCAUUUCCAAAGGGACCCGUCCUGUGGUUCAAGGGGACUGGACCAAAUCGUCAGUUAAUCUACAGUUUCAGAGGAGGUCUCUUUCCCAGAGUAAAGAAAACUGGAAACACGACCAAAGCUGGCAACACAGACUUUUCCAUCCGCAUCAGUGAAAUCUCUCUUGCAGAUGCUGGUACCUACUUCUGUGUGAAGUUCAAGGAAGGGAAACCUGACAUAGAGUAUCAGUCAGGUCAGGGCACCCAGGUGACUGUUAUUGCUCCACCUUCUCUGCCAGUGAUCAUAGGCCCCUUGGAGAAGGCUCUAAUUGGACAGGCUGUGAAUUUCAGCUGCAUAUCCUAUGGUUUCUUUCCUGAAAACAUCACCCUAAAGUGGUUCAAAAAUGGGAAGGAAAUCUCAUCCCUCCAGACCCACGUGGUCAAGUUAAAGGAGAGCAAUGUGUACAAAAUCUCCAGUACUACUGAGGUCGUUUUGUCUCUACAGGACUUCUAUGCUUAUAUCACCUGUGAUGUGAACCACCUAAGCCUCCAUUAUCCUCUUCAAGGGACUGCUGAUUUGUCUAAGACCAUGCUAGUUCCACCCACCAUGUCUAUUUUUGAACACCCUGUCUCAAAGAACAAGAUCAAUGUCACCUGCAAGGCAAAGAAGUUCUACCCCAAGGGCAUAUGGCUGACCUGGCUGAAGAAUGGAAAUGUGUCUCGGAUUGAUAAGACCCUGACCCCUACCAAGAGGAGAGAUGGACUAUACACUGUGCAGAGCUCAAUCCUGGUGAACAAACCUCAUGAAAUAGAGGACACUGUGCUCACCUGCCAGGCAGAACAAGAUGGGCAGCAGGAGGUCACUUCAAAAAUGACGUUUUUGGUUUCUGCUCAUCUGGACAAGCAUAAAAAGUAGCCAAUGGCAAGUCAUCCAUGACUUAGUUAAGGAGGCUAUUAUCUUUCCUUAAAACAUUCUUCUCCAUAUUGUAAGAUUUUUGAAUUAUAAAAGCAGAGCGCUUCCCCCCCCACACACACACACAUCUACACAAUCCAAAUAACUCGAAAUGAUACAAUGCACAUUAGUAACUACUAAAAAACAAUACACCCAACUAAACAGAGAGAUCUCCUGUUUAUGAUUUUUUCAGAUCCUUUAAGGUCUCAUCUAGCUACAAAUUUGGUUUCAGAUACUUGGUUGUGAGAGGACUAGAUAAGUUCUAGCUUCUUGCCAAACCAGGAAAACAAUGUUCUCUUGAAUGUCCUUAAUGAUUUCUUGGAGGAGAUUUUUUAUUAUUCCCUCAGUUCCUAUUGGGUUCAAGUCCUAUGCUGAGCAAGUAAGCCUUGAAAUUAUCCAAAAAGGAAUAUGUUUAUACUCCACUUACUA